AUCCUUUAAUUUAGUUCCUCGGUGUUAAUAACAUAUAUCAGCGUGAAAAGCAAAUUGAUAAAAUAUUCACUGUAUUAAGGAUUACUUGUACAUUUUCAGGUGAGAGUAAUACUUGAGAGACUAAAAAGAUGGUUUGUCAAGUAGAUUGGGGUGCCAACUUGUAAGGUUGAACAGUAAUGAGAUUGGGUAGCAGUUGUUAAGACUAUUUUAUGGCAAGAAUGUUUAAUUUGUUUUGACUUUAUAAUGUUGGGAGACAUUUAUCAGAAAUAUGAGAUUUUUAAACCAGAUAUCAACUUUCUAUGUUAUUUUCAUAAAGAAAGUCUGCGUAUUGAGCAAAAAUUGUAUGAAUUCUUAUUAAGGAGUCAUGUGUGGUUAAUCAGAAUAAGAUGAAAAGUAAGAAUUGUUCAUCAAGUCACUCUCAUAGUUGCUUUGAUAGCUAGCUGAGUAUGUGGGACCUGAGCAAUGAUAGGACGCUACGCUCAGCAAUGACUAGCUUUGAUCAACAAAAUGAAUAUGGAGCAAUUUGUAUUGAAUUCUGGAUUCCUACAGCCACACCUUUCAUAAGUUCUAACUAUCGCUUUGGAGAUUGUACAAAAUAUAAACCAUAUAUUUUGGAAGCAUCAGAAGUCAUGAUAUAAUUUGGGGGUCCUUUAUCUAUUAAUGACUGGAAGGGAAGAAAAAUAACAUGUGCAAGGGCGGCAAUGAAUGCUUAAGGAAUUUAUUGACAGUGGUAAGGUGUUCCAACAGUGGGUCCAAGACAAAAACUGAAGGAGGAAUGAGAGAGAGGUGCAAGAUUGGUGUAGGAAGAAGAUUAAAUGAAGAAAAUAAAGACAAAUAGGUCAUUUCACUCCGGGGGAGUGCAGGUUGAAUUGUACGGAGAUCAAACAAAUCUUAGGAAAGAGACACGAGGGAAAAUGACAACAUUGACAGGCAUAUUUAUUAAAUAGGGAGAUCAAACAUUUAUUGAACUUUUUAAUUCAUGUUUUGAAAAUUUUUAGAUUUUUCCUUUAAUCUCAACUUAUAUUUAAUCAUAACUAUGUUUUGUAUAUGGGUAACACAUCUUAUCAAGACUAGGUAUCAUUUGAUAUAAAAUUUAACAUGUAAUACAUAUAACACAUAAAUAAAAUGAUUUUGACAUUUUUUUCCAUCAUAUAUAACAAUUACUACUUUAGUUCUUUUAUUUCUAGAUCAAGACUCCACUUAAAGGAAACUUAACUUAUUCAACAAAAAAUUGUGAACUUCAUAUAGUUUUUUAAGAAAUCUUCCAUUGUGGCAUAAUUUCUUUACGAAAUUAGAGGAGUGAAAAAAUCGACAAAUGUCAAAUGAACUUGGAUAUAAUUAAAAGGAACAUAACAUAACACAACUUUUACCUUGAGUUGAAAAUUUUUCAGACCCAUCUUCUUUUUGGAUUAAACUUUACCUGAAAAUCAAUUUGAACUCAAAUAAAUCCUAUAGACACAUUUAAAGUGGCACUGAAAAAGAAUUCAUGGAAACGGCAUUAGCAAAUGGUUGUUUUCCAACUGUCAUUUCCCGCCACCACGAGAGACAAUAUAACAGAAAAAAGCAUGAGAAGUGGGAGUGAGUGAUUUUCACACUCUCAGAAACUCAAUCGUUGAAAUGAAAAACGCUAAUGGCAGGGAAAGAAAACGAAAACCUCUUUCCGAUCUCAAUGUUUCCAACCUCCUUCCAUCAUCUUCUUCCUCCUCCACAAUCGAUUCCAGACGCGGUACUGUUGGCCUUGAUGUUUCUGAGCCAAUUUCAGCAUUCUGCACCCGAAUACAUACUUUGAAUGAAAAGAAAAGGAAUGCAAAAAAGGAAAUAGCCAAUUCAAAAAUCUCUAAGAUUCGGGACAAAAGUGAUGGAGUUGAACUUGAAGGUUUGGGUCUACGUAAGGCUAGGAUUUUAACAGUUUCUUGCAAGAAGAAGAAGAGUGCUGUGUCGUAUGAAGAAGACGUGUCCAAAGAUGCCCAACUUCAAGAUUAUAUUGAAAAACAAAAUGCCUACUUUAAAGAGGUUGAUGAAUUUGAACUACCAGAAGAGGAGGUUGAAUCUGUUCAUGAACUGGAUUAAGAGGAACGUAGAGCAGCAGUGGGACUGGCAGCUUGAGUCUCCUAAUCCUUGUUUUGGUUCUAAUGAAAAUGUGAUGUAACCAGGUUAAUGUAUAAAUGUGAGACAGUAAGUUCAGGACAAUCUUCCCAAUUUUCUAAUCUAGAAAUCAAAGAAAAGGUGUUUGACCCUGACCAGUUAUAAUUAACACUUUAAUUGGCCUUGGAUUUUUUUUUUUUUCACUUUU